AUGAAAACUUCAAAGGCAUCCCAGCGCUACAGAAGCAUCCGGAGAAACGCCAGUCAGUGCUACCUCUACCAGGACUCCCUGCUGCUUGGUAACUCGGAUGACAGCUUUAAUGCCGAUGAAACAGGGGACAGCAGUGAUCCGGAGCAAAUCUUCCAGAAUAUACAGUUCCAGAAAGAUCUCAUGGCCAACAUCCGUUGCAGACCCUGGACCAUGGGUCAGAAGCUGCGGGCGCUGAGACGAGCAAAAGAGAUUGUGCUGAAGUUUGAAGGGAGGUUGACUAGGACGCGAGGCUACCAAGCAGCUGGAGCAGAGCUCUGGCGGAAAUUCGCCCGUUUGGCCUGCAACUUUGUGGUCAUCUUCAUCCCCUGGGAAAUGAGGAUAAAGAAAAUUGAGAGUCACUUCGGAUCUGGUGUGGCCUCCUACUUCAUCUUCCUGAGGUGGUUAUUUGGAAUUAACAUAGUGCUCACAGUGAUGACGGGUGCUUUCGUUGUCAUUCCCGAGUUAAUCGCAGGCCAGCCCUUUGGAAGCACAGCCAGCAAGACCAUCCCCCAGGAGCAGGUCAUGUCUGCACAGGAUUUGGACACUGUCUGGUCCCUGGGGGGCUACCUUCAGUACUCCGUCCUGUUCUACGGGUACUAUGGAAGAGAGAGGAGGAUCGGGAGAGCCGGCUAUCGCCUGCCCUUGGCAUAUUUCCUGGUGGGGAUGGCAGUGUUUGCCUACAGCUUCAUCAUCCUCUUAAAAAAAAUGGCUAAGAACUCACGCACAAGCCUGGCCAGUGCUUCCAAUGAAAACUACACCUUCUGCUGGAGGGUAUUUUGUGCCUGGGAUUACCUCAUUGGGAACCCAGAGGCUGCAGAGAGCAAAACAGCCGCCAUUGUGAACAGCAUUAGGGAGGCCAUACUGGAAGAACAAGAAAAGAAAAAACACAAAAACAUGGCGGUGACUGUCUGCCUGAGAAUCAUCGCCAACAUCCUGGUGCUCCUCUCGCUGGCUGGGAGCAUCUAUCUCAUCUACUUUGUGGUGGACAGGUCCCAGAAGCUGGAACAGUCGAAGAAGGAGCUGACACUUUGGGAAAAGAAUGAGGUGAGUGUGGUGGUCUCCCUUGUCACCAUGAUAGCACCAUCUGCCUUUGACCUUAUUGCUGCCUUGGAGAUGUACCACCCCCGGACGACGCUGCGUUUCCAGUUAGCAAGGGUCCUGGUUCUGUAUCUAGGCAAUCUCUACAGCUUGAUCAUUGCCCUUCUGGACAAAGUGAACAGCAUCAGCAUGAACAUUGAGGAAGCGGCUACCAAAAACAUCACAAGCCAUUGGGCAGAUCCUUCCACCUUCUAUGCCACCAGAACGGUGCCUGAAGAAGCGCAGUGGCCCACACCUGGGGAAGGAGUAGAGCUCAGGAGAAAUGCCAGCAUGUGGGUCUUGGAAGAGACAAGCAUUCUGACUACCAUCAUGCCCCACACAAAGGCCAACAAGACGGUGCCCUAUGUGCAGAGCCCCCAAGGACAGUGCUGGGAGACAUACGUUGGCCAGGAGAUGCUGAAGCUGUCGGUCAUUGACAUGCUCUUCACGGUGGCCAGCAUCCUCCUCAUCGACUUCUUCCGAGGACUUUUCGUGCGCUACCUAAGCGACUAUUGGUGUUGGGACCUGGAAAGCAAGUUUCCUGAAUACGGGGAAUUCAAGAUCGCGGAGAAUGUGCUCCACCUAGUCUACAAUCAAGGCAUGAUUUGGAUGGGGGCCUUCUUCUCUCCCUGUCUACCAGCCUUCAAUGUCCUCAAGCUCAUCGGGCUGAUGUACCUGAGGAGCUGGGCAGUGCUGACCUGCAAUGUCCCCCACCAGCAAGUGUUUCGAGCCUCCAGAUCCAACAACUUCUACCUGGCCAUGCUCCUGUUCAUGCUCUUCCUCUGCAUGCUGCCGACCAUCUUUGCCAUUGUCCACUACAAACCGUCUCUCAACUGUGGCCCCUUCAGCGGGCAAGAGAAGAUCUAUGACAUCGUGUCAGAGACGAUAGAGAAUGACUUCCCUGCAUGGUUUCACAUUGUGGUGGGACACAUCAGCAGCCCCGUGGUGAUACUCCCAGCGGUACUGCUUCUAUUCAUGCUCAUCUACUACCUUCAGAGCAUCGCCAGGUCCCUGAAACUCAGCAGCCAGCAGCUCAGGAUGCAGAUCCAAAAUGCAAGAUCUGAAGACAAGAAAAAAGUUGCCCAGAUGGUAGAGGCUCGAAUCCAGACUCAUGAAGAAAGCACCAAGAGGCUUCUAAAGGAAGGUGACCUCAUCAGCCAGCUGUCCUCAGCAUACUUGGCAACGCCCCAAAACAAUGGCACCAUGGUCAACUUUGACUCUCUGAGUAGCAAGAGCCUCAGAAUGGAGACGGUCACAAGGUCCCUGCCCCAGAGUCCUGGGCAAGGGUCCAGGGACCCCUGCUCUCCUCUUCCAGGUGGAUCCAGAUCAAAGCCAGAGCAGGACUCCAGCAGGUACCCACAUGGGCCAUGUGCCAGCACAGGCAACCUCCACAAGAACAGAUCCUAUACAUCCGUGACACAGACACAGCCCCUCAAGGAUGUCCGUUCAGAGCCUCUUUCCCGGAAAGACUUUCAGCCAAUCAGACCUCGUUUCUGUGGACCUGGGGUCUCUGCCUUGAUGACACAUGGCCACAGACCCCGUACUCCCAGAUACUAUGUUGUAAAUGAACGUGACUGUCACAGAAAGGCCCACCCGACUUUCUGGCCAGAAAGGCAUUUCAAGAUAGAUGCCUUAGGUGACAUUGUGGAGCUGUACCCCAGGAACGUGCAGCAGUACAUGUCCUGGGCCCCCCACCAGCCUUGCUCACCACAGCUGAGUGAAGAAGAGGAGGAGAUGCUGAGGGCAGAUUUGGUCCAAUGGUCGAUCCCCCAUGGCUCCCUGACAGACCUUCCUCGGGCUUCUCGUUUUUACACUGGCGACAGACCAGAAAGUGGGGCCAGAGACCCCGAGUACCAGCGAAGGAUGUACUACCGAUAUGGGGAUACUAGUUUUGAGGGGCAGCUUGAGGGGCCCACACUUGUACACAAAAAGCCACGACCCAGGAAUGUCCAUUACCCACAGCAUCCUCUGACGCCCAGAGUCAAAGCCAAGUUCGAACCAUCCCUAACAGAAUCUGAUUCUGUGUCAGCGGCAUCCAGCAGUGACCAGCAGAACAGCAACAAUGACCAGUACCUGCAGGUCCUGUCCAGCCAAAGCAGAUUCCCGAGGUCUGCCAGCCAGCUGGGCAGGAGGAAGGCCAAGUCCAGGCAGGUACUGCCCACGGAUCUAAACGACCUAAUUUGUUCAAAUGUCUAGGCUUCUUUCAAUGUCCCUUCCUAAAGACUGGGUCUCUUUGGAAAGUAUUGGGAGUCACAGUCACACUCUUUCUGGAAGAGACAGAACCUCUCUGGGGACGUUAGAGAUCUGUGGAGCUUCUUUAGGUGCCACUACUGUCUGAGACCCUGGGGCUGACACUUCCUUUUCAAUGGUGUGUGAGUGGCCACUCCUGGCGCUUCCUUGCGGCUAGCACACAUCACCACAUCGGGCUGUCCCUUCAAGAAAACAUCAGGCCUUUGAUUCUAUUCAGGGUGGCCGGCCAUGCUCACCAGCAAGCUGGACAUCUCACCAGGAUUGCGAAAAUCAACCUUGACACUGUUUAUCUUCAGUGACGUGAGUGAGUGUUUUCUUUGGCCGUGUACUCUUCCAACACACAAGUAUUGACACUCUAUAGUGAGCAACCUCAAGUGGCCAUCCUUGACGUGUUCACGGCAUUUAGUUUAUGAGGACAAUCAGUUUAGUGGUGGCCAGCGCAGCGCACCGCAAGCGUCUUUAACCCUGCAUUUAGCUAAUCAGGAUAUGGAUCAGACAGGAGUCCAGAUUUACACCUGGGGCUCCCUGGUUUACUUCACUGAGAAGGAUGGGGAUGGAGACUCAGUGUGCGCAGCUGGAAGUAGGGCUCUAACAUCCUUGAGAACGCCUGACUUCUCACCUCUUGACUCUCUGUGUUUGCUGACCUUGUUUUCCCCCACUGCCAACAGACUUCCUUCUGGUAGGAGGUGAAGAAUUCACAGCCACGGAGAUGUUAAGCUGCUAGCCUUCACCCAACAAGCCCAAGGGAAAGAGCCCAGCUCACGUUCUCUACUUCCCGUUGGGUCUGCCCUCAAGGAGUUGUUCCCCGGAUCCUCUGACUGACCUUGUGCAGGGUUUGGGAGCUGUUAUGCUCCAUCCCACGGUAGCCAACUGGGUGCCCUGACUCCUAUUCCCAUAUCUCCUUUUAGACGCUCCGACUUCUAACAUUCCUGUCUCCUCUACUAUUCUCCGAGUAGCUUUGGAACAAAGACGGCUCCACGGUUCGACAUUCCCAGUAACUGGCACACGAUAGAAACCACGCAUGUUUUCUAGCACUGCCCGCUCUCUAUCAGAUUAACAAAGGGAACUCUCCACAGAUUGAAUUUCUCUGAAAACAGAGCACGUCACAUUGAUAAUCCCAUAGCACUGUAAACCGUGGGCACAUACACAGUCAGGAGCAAAGGUUUCACAAGCAAAUGAAGCUUGCCUAAAGCCGUUUCAGGCACCUCUCCGUGUCACUAAGAUCAACAACAACAAGGGUGGCACCAGCCCCAGGUCAGAGGGACGUUCUUGCACGGCUGUGCAAAAUCGUGGCAGCCCUAGUUUCAGGUUGUGGUUGGCCAAAUUUUGUGGUCAUUUUCUGUUAUUGGGCGCAUGUGCACCGAUCUCCCCGUUUACAACCCCCACGCUCUGUUUUCCUUCAUGCCAGUGCUCAACACAAGAAAACUCGUCUUGACUCUUGGGACUUUCACCCCAAGUAGCAAAGUGAGGGGCGAAGUUGAGGAGACACCAUGUAGAUGCCAAAGGAGAAAGAUGCCAGCUGCCAGCCAGAACCUUACUUACCAGUAGGCCACAGCCUCAUGGCGAUACACAGAUUAAUAGAAAUGGGUUAAUUUAAGAUGUAAGAGUUAGCUUGAAAUAUGCCUAAGCUAUUGACCAAAGAGUGUUGUAAUUAAUAUAGUUUCUGUGUUAUUAUUAGGGUCUGGGUGACCCGGAAGCAAAUGCGCAGUCUCUGUCUACAUUAAGUCAAUGCUAUUACCCUACAUCAGUCACUGUAUUUAUUUGUAUUUUGAAAUCUAUUAUAGAAAUAUGCACAGAUGAAACGCCUUAUGACAGCUGUUUAGUAUUUCAUUAUUUGGAUAAGCUACAUAAUAUCUCUUCCUUUUCUUCACAAAGGAUAUUGAAAUAACUUCCUUAUCUUGCCGAUUUAAAAGGCAUACUAGCCGCGUUGCACACCUUUAAUCCCAGCACUCGGGAAGCUGAGGUAGGCAGAUCUCUGUGCGUUCGAGGCCAGCUUGAUCUACAAGAGCUAAUUCCAGGACAGCUAGGACUAUUACACAGAUACACCCUGUCUCAAAAAACCAAAUCAAUAAAUAAAAUAAAAGGUGUACUAAUUUUUGUAUGUUUUCUUUGCAAGCUAUCAUUGAAGUUAUUAUUUCCUAUAAAGAGAAACCUGCGCUUGUUGGAGACAAUCAUAUCGGGCUUCCCCAGUUUCCUCUUUAUAAUGCUUUGCAAGCCCAGAUGUUGCAUCCCCUGCUUUUGCAGAUGACUGGAACGUCUUCCUUACAGUCUCACCAAAAACUUAAUUUUGCCACAUUAUGCAAAUUUCUACCAGUCUGAUGGAAAAAAUAAUAAAUCAAGUGG